AUGUCGACUGCAACCAGUCCCGUAGAGCAGAGACUCCCUCACCGUUCGUCGACGAUGCGGAGCUCUAUCGGUCCGGACCGUCGGGCGUCACUGAGCGACGAAGAGGCCGUCCCGGGUUCGGAUACCAAUGAGACUACGGGCCUUCUCCUUGAGCGUCUCCGUGCUUGGAAACACAUGUGUGGUUAUUUGGAGGAUUAUGUGGAAGUCACAGCCAAAGUGCAGAAGUCGCAAGCGAAGGAUUAUGAGAAAGUUCUGAAGACUGUCAGCGAACCCCUUCGGGAGGGGCACCAUUUCUCUCAGAGUGCGGGCGGAGUUUCGGCAUGGUUUGAAAAUAUUCGGAGCAAUACUCAGGGAAUCGUGAAUGGGUACCUUGACACAGAAAAGCACCUGAAAGGAUCCGUGCUGCCGAUCCUUCAGCGUCUCCACAAGGAGAUCAAGAACAAGUCCAAGGAGCUGCAGAGCGGCGCAAGUAAGAGCGCGAAGGCCGUUGAAAAAGCACGAGGUGUGACGCAGAAACAUAUCGAGCUCCUCGCUCAGCAGGUUGCAGCGUUUGACUCAACUGCGGGCAACAAAUUCGACCAUGCCCAUGACCCAUACGUCUUACGCCGCAGGGUCAAUCACCACUUAAACAAGCAAGUCACCGAAGAGAACAACAACCGUCAGGACAUCAUUGCCGUGCAGAACAACUUCCAGCAGUUCGAGGCGCAUGUUCUGCAAACCAUCCAGGGCGCCAUCGAGCAGUUCAACGUGUUCGUGGGCGGCCAACUCGACCGGCAACGGAGCAUGUACAGUGACAUGCUGGGUGCUGUUCAGCGCAUUCCUCCGGAUUAUGAAUGGGUUAAUUUCAUCACGCGCAACGCCAACGUGUUGGUGGACCCCGACUCACCGCCGCGAUCGCUGUCCAACAUCUCUUUCCCCAACCAGGAUCACCGCGCCACCGUCCCGCUCAUCGAGGGCAGCCUGGAGCGCAAGUCCCGGGCCAUGCUGAAAGGUUACAGUACGGGCUACUAUGUUGUCACACCAGCGCGAUACCUGCAUGAGUUCAAGGACGAUGACGACUACCGCCACGAUCCUUCUCCCGAGCUGUCUCUGUACCUACCCGACUGCGUGGUUGGCGGCGUUGACGGUAACAAGUUCACCAUCAAAGGCAAGGAUGUUUCCGGCGGCAAGGUCGGCAACGCGUUCCACACCACCAGCGAGUUCAACUUCAAAGCGCAUACUCCGAGUGACGCGGAGAAAUGGUGGAACGUCGUCCGCGACGCAGCCAAGAGUGGCCCGGCACACUCACCAGUGUCUCCUACUAGCCCUGUAGCAGCCGGGGGGGCUGCCGCUGCUACCACCGAGAGUGGUGCUGCUGCUUCGACUCCGGCUCCGGCUCCUGCUACUGCUACUGCAGAUGCUGCCGCAGGCGAGGCACAACAACACCCUCCGGCCUACAAGGAGCAGGAAAGCUUUGCGCCAGCCACGCAGGAGAAGACCGCUGGCGGCUCGGCAGCGACUCACACCACCUCGGCAGCUGAGACCGGGCUCAACCGCUCGACAAGCUCUGCCACGGGCCAUUACCACAUGGGACCGGGUGGAUCAGCUGUUGCACCUGACGCAUCUGCUUCCGGUGCCGAGAAGUCGUGA